UUGACUAAUGUCGGGACGAAUUUGUUCGAAGAAGAACAUUUAAGUUUGUCUGAACAAUAUCCAAUUUUCCGUUUGGUCAUGGCGGAAUUUGAUAUUUUUGUGGGAAACAAUACAUUCAUUGACCCAGAUGUCUAUGAUAUGUGGCUGAGGGGCUGCUCAGUAUCUGAGGCAGCCAAUGUGCUGCAAAAACAGGGAGUCUUGAAGAAGUACAAUGCCACGUUUGAGGAUUUGUUGAGUGAUACACAGGAUAAUUAUCGCCUCUUUACUAGUCUCGAGAAACUAGUGAAGAGCCCUGAUAAACUACGGGAUCAACAUAUAUACCAGAUCAAUGCAGAUACACAGACAAUGCUCAUUGAAAAAUAUUACCAGAUCGACGCACCUGUAAUUCGGGAGAUACUAGGAAAGAAGCUGAACUCCCGACACCGGAAGGACCUUGAUGAUGUGAGUGAGAAGACUGGGGUCAUGUUACGGAGUUGUCGGAGACAGUUUGACAACGUGAAGCGUGUGUUUAAGACUGUGGAGGAGAUGAAAGGUUCCCUUGUGGAGAACAUCCGGACCCACUAUCUCCUGUCUGAGGAACUAGCUAGGAGCUAUGCAGCAAUAGUGUUUAUCACUAACAACAGAUUCGAAACAGGAAAGAAAAAGCUGUUGUACCUGGAGUUUAAGGACUUCACACUGUGUGCUAACUACAUGAUAGCUAACUGGUCGUACAGCUCUGUCGAAUGUACAGAACAUGAGGAUAUGGAUGUGGACCUUGACAGGGACUUCCUCCUGCAGCUGAGGGAACUGAAGGGGCUGAUGGAGAAGGAGUACUGUGAGGAACACAAGGGGCUGCUUCUCAAAUCUGUGAAAAGUAAACUCUCUGACAGAGCAUACAGUGACUUGGAGUCCAAUUUCAAGAAUUAUUCCAAAAAUAUCUUGAAUAUUGCAUAUGGUCUUAACCACAGCAGAGAAUCCAAGGAUAUUUUCCUUGAUUUCUAUGAAAAGUUGAUAGAGCCCUGUCUUCAGAACAACUGGUCUCGGUCUGAUGUAGAAGCAUCCCUCACAGCCUACAAGACAGCAGCUGCAUCCAUGGAAUUCAUAAGGGGCUCUCCUCAUCUUCAGCCAGUGUGGGAGAGGUAUAUGAGCACACUCAGGAAAUGUGUGGUGCAGAUGUACCCGAGAUAGUAGAGAUGGAACCUGUAUAAUGUGUGGGGUCUGGGUUCAGGCUUGGAACUUUGUGGCACAGAUGAACCUGAGAUGGUGAGAGCAGCACGAUUGAGCCUACAUGGUGUGAUAGUCUGGGUUCAGGCUUGGAACUUUGUGGCACAGAUGAACCUGAGAUGGUGAGAGCAGCACGAUUGAGCCUACAUGGUGUGAUAGUCUGGGUUCAGGCCUGGAACUUAGUGGCUCAGAUGAACCUAAGAGGGUGAGAGCAGCAUGAUUGAGCCUUUAUGAUGUGAAAGUCUGGGUUCAGGCCUAGAAGUUUAUAUUGCUGUGUACCAGUGAUUUAUGUCACCAGGACAGUCCAGUCACAACCCUGUAAGGGUCUCAGGGACCAGAAACCUGCCCUUAGAUUGAAGAGGAUUGUGUGAUAUGUGAUAACUUUUGGCACUAUCUAGCUGCUGUGGACUUACGGCAGAAGACAUCUGUACUUAUUCUGGUGAAUCAUUGUAAAUAUUUAUUUAUUCAAGACAUGAAUGUAUUUAUUGAACACAGGCCUGACAGAUGUUCAACUGCCUAAGAACUUGGAAGACUAUUACACAGAAACACUGUCAAACCUUGUGCACUCAGUGGCCUGACCUUCUGGUAUUGAUGAGAAAGUUGCCACAUACCAAAGGAACAUUUCUCCCAUCCAAUCUGGUAACCCAAACAAUUAUAUCAGCUGUUCCAUCCAGAUUUAGUGACUGUUCAUAAUAUAUGGCUGGGGGUGUGUGAUGAUGAUUUU